UUAGUUUCAAAAAAUGUAUAUAUCAAGUAAUGAACACUCCCUUUAACCAGCAUUCAAACCUUCAUUUGUUUCUUGCAAAAAUAAAAUAAAAAUGGAUACCAAACAACACUACAAAUCAACUCAUUUGCUUUUGAUUUGUCUAUCAAUAUUGAUCCUGCAUCAAUGCUCAGCUUUUGGAUCAAUGUUAAGAGGGGGUCAUGCAAACGUUUUGUGCAUAACAAAGGAGAGGGAAGCUCUUCUCGAGUUCAAACGAGGUCUCGUAGACGAACAUAACAUGCUUUCUUCAUGGAAAAAUGAGGAAUGUUGUUCUUGGAGUGGUGUGAAAUGCAGUAACACAACAGGCCAUAUACUAGUCCUGAAUCUUCGUGGUAACUUCGACACGUCUUUGACAGGUAAUAUCAGUUCAUCAUUGGUUAAGUUGCAGUAUUUGAAGUACUUGGACCUUAGUUUCAAUGAUUUUGGUGGACAAAUACCAAAAUUUAUCGGUUACUUCGAAAGACUAGAGUACCUUAAUCUCUCAUCUAGUUUCAAAAACACUGGUCUAAUUCCAAUUCAGUUCCAAAAUCUAGCACACUUAAAGACUCUUGAUCUUAGUUUAAAUUCUUUAACAGUGAAAAGCCUUGAGUGGCUUUCUAAUCUAGUGUAUUUGGAGUACUUAGAUCUUCGUUUUUCCAACGUGCAAGCGAAAAACUGGUUACAGGAGAUAAUUAAGCUUCCUAAUUUGAGGGAGUUGUAUUUAUCAGCCUGUCAACUCCCUGUAAUCAUUCCUUCAUCACUUGUAUCAACCAAUAUUUCCUCGUCUCCUCUUUCGAUCCUUGAUAUCUCCUAUAAUGGAUAUUCGUCCCCUGCAAUAAAUAGUUGGUUAUUUAACCUCACUAGUCUUACUAGCCUAGAUCUUACGGGUAACGAGUUAGGACAACUGUCUAGUGGCUUUGGGUACUUGAAGUCUUUGGAACAUCUUAAGCUAUUUGGAAGUGGUAUUCAAGGUGGGAUACCAAAGUCUUUUGGGAGUUUAAGUCGUUUACGCUAUAUUGAUGCAGAUUCCAAUAACUUGUUAAGUCAACCAUUUUCUGAGUUGCUUGAUAACUUAGCUGGGAGUAAUCAAUCACUUGAAUAUCUGUCGUUUGAGGAAAAUGCACUCACUGGUUCAUUGAUUAAUCUUACUAGAUUUUCAUCCUUGAGGAAGUUAAGGCUACAAGGAAAUUCGUUGAAUGGCAUUUUCCACGAAAGUUUCAGACAAAUCUCCAGUCUUGAGUAUCUUGAUUUGUCUAAUAACCAAAUGACAGGGCCAUUACCAGACUUGGAAUUCUUUCCAUCAUUGACAGAGUUGAACUUACAGUCCAAUCACUUUUAUGGAACGAUACCACAAGGUUUAGGGAAACUUUCAGAGCUUAAAAUCUUGGAUGUGUCUUUCAAUAGACUGCAAGGCUUACCGGAUAGCUUGGGGAAACUUUUCGACCUUGAAAGUUUUGAUGCUUCUAAUAAUUUGUUAGAAGGUACAAUCUCUGAAUCCCAUCUUUCCAACCUUUGCAAGUUGAAAAGCUUAAACUUGUAUUCCAACUCAUUGACUUGGAAUGUUAGCGUUGAUUGGAUUCCGUGUUUUCAACUUCAAGUUAUCAGCCUUUCGUCUUGUAAUCUUGGACCGUACUUCCCAAAAUGGCUUCAAACUCAAAAUGAGUACUCAGUUCUGGAUCUAUCUCUUGCUAGUAUCUCAGACACAAUGCCUAGUUGGUUCUCAAAGUUGCCUCCCAUGUUAACAUACUUGAAUCUCUCGUACAACCAAAUCAGCGGAAAGAUACAAGAUUUAUCAUCCAAUAAUAUCAGUCCCAUUAUCAUAGAUUUUGGUUAUAACAAUUUUUCAGGACCCUUACCAACAUUUCCUCAACUGGUUAGUCAAUUGCGUAUUGACAACAAUCAGAUUUCUGGAUCACUUAACUCCAUAUGCAAAAUUCGUUCAGCUGUAACACUUGACUUGUCCGAUAAUCUCUUGUCCGGAGAGAUUCCUGAUUGUUGGACUCUCAUGUCUGCUCCAAUGGUCCUUAACUUAGCCAAUAACCGUAUAUCUGGAAGCAUUCCGUACUCUCUUUGUUCUUCGACAUCCUUGAGCUCUCUAUACGUGCGUAACAACAAUUUAAGUGGACAGUUUCCUGCCUCUUUGAAGAAUUGCAAAGGUUUGAAAGUCUUGGAUUUGGGAAGAAACACAUUUAGUGGAGAAAUCCCAGAAUGGAUAGGGACUGAGUUAGCUUAUUUGGGGAUUCUGAGCCUUCGAUUCAACGAAUUCUCUGGGAGCAUUCCUCCAAGUAUAUGUCAGCUUCAAUCUAUUCAGAUACUGGACCUUUCUGGCAAUCGUUUAUCAGGAAGAAUUCCGAAAUGCCUCAGCAAUUUCACCACAAUGCAACUUUUGCAAGAUGGUUCAAGUGUGAGCUAUGACUUCGAUCCAUACACCCCUCGAGUAGGUACACUGUACCAUGGCAAUGCAUUAGUCCAAUGGAAAAACAAGGAGUCAGAGUAUCGUAACAUCUUGUGGCUUCUGAAAACCAUCGAUCUGUCUAGCAACGAACUAGUCGGUGACAUCCCAAAUGAUUUUAGCAGAAUGAAUGCAUUGCUGUCAUUGAACCUAUCAAGGAACAAUUUGUCGGGAAGUAUCAUUGAAGGAAUUGGUUUAAUGAAGAUGUUGGAGUCUCUUGACUUGUCGAGGAACCAUCUCUCGGGGAAGAUCUCAGUAGGGCUCGCUAACCUGACGUUUCUUAGCGUGUUGGAUUUGUCAAACAACAACUUGUCAGGGAGAAUACCAUCGAGCACUCAAUUGCAAGGCUUCGACUCCUCAACCUAUGAAGGGAAUAUUCAGCUAUGUGGCCCUCCUCUUCCAGAGUGUCCUUCAUUUGCUCCUCCAAAUCUUCAUGUUGGUCAUGACAGUAGUUUUCAAGAAAAUGAUGAUGAUGAUGAUGAGUUUCUAUCAAGAGAGUUUUAUAUAUCGAUGGCGUUAGGGUUCAUUGUUGCAUUCUGGGGAGUGUUAGGAUCUUUGUUCUUCAACAAUUCAUGGAGCAAUGCUUAUUUUCAGUGGCUCUAUCUUUAGCUCAAUAUGUAAAUAUUCUAUGAAUGGCUUGUAAUCAAGAGAACUUCUUGUAUAUCUGAUAUUAUAACUUCUUUUAAAUUCUGGUAAUUCUACUUGAUGA